UAGUUUUGUUAUUGUUUGCUUGAGUGCAAAUUGAACGUGAUUUAUUUACUUUUUAAAUGGAACGACGCAACAACGAUCCAGGAGCCGUGCAAUAUGGGAAUUUCAUGAAUUAUUACCAAUUUAAUUCGGCCAUCGAGCGAGUCAAACUGCUGCCAGAGAAGGACAUUUGGCUGCCUAGUAAAAAUGACACGAGGCAGGAAACUGAACCUUAUUUGGUUUUGGAUGUGGGCUGCAAUUGUGGCGUCUUCACACAGUUGUUGCAACACUUUCUGGAGCAACAAAUGCAGCGUCCGGUGCACGUGCUUGGUGUGGACAUUGACGACCGAUUAAUCGAAAGGGCAAAGACGGAAAACACAUGUCCUGAAAAGAUCACUUACUUUACUGCAGACGUCUUAAAUGCGGCUGAUUUCGACACUCCGGUUAAAUCAUAUUUGGAGCAACAUCAUCGCCAUAAGUUUGAUGCCAUUUGCUGCUAUUCCAUUACCAUGUGGAUUCAUUUAAAUCAUCACGACAGCGGCUUACAAUUCUUUCUGCGGAAACUCUCGGAAAUGGCAGAACUCUUUGUGGUGGAACCGCAGCCCUGGAAAUGUUACCAGACCGCAGAGCGUCGUCUAAAGCGAACUGGCGAGGUAUUCCCACUGUUCCUGGAACUAAAAUGGCGCUCAGAUGUGGAGCAACAAAUUCAAAAAUAUCUGGAGCAAGAGUUGCGCCUGCAGAGUGUUUAUGAAUCAACGCCGACCAAGUGGCAGAGACGAAUAUGUUUCUAUAGAUGAGUUGCCGGGCUUCAUUAAGGGGCAAUGGAAAUCUCUUAGGGCUGCAUAAAUAUUAUUGCUAACAUCGAUAGUUUUCGAUGGCUCUGUAAUUGGGCAUUAUACCGAUACUUUGCUUAUUCUUUUUAGAGAGGCUAAGAAUCAUGUAAUUGUUUUGUAAAUAUAUUCAUAAAAACAUUGCAUUGUCUAUGCAAUCUU